GUGGACUCAAGGUAAGUCACUUACGUUAACUUCAUUACUGUUAAACCCUCAAAACCCUCCGAGAAAGCUAGGGCACGACUCUCUCUACCCCCUAUCUUCUCUCUCUAUUUGGCAGUUAUUCUUCGAGUAUUUUCGUGCAUUUUGCUCAGUUGGAGAUGAAGAAUCUGAAGCAAUCAUGGGAGUUCUCAUCAAACAUCGAGUUGCUCUCAAAGGAAGAGGUCCUUCGAUUCGCAGCAAUCGAUAUCGAGCGAAACCGCUUGUUCUUCGCUUCUUCAACCAAUUGUAUAUAUACCACUCACCUUCCAUCAUCCCAUAAUGAAAGAGCAUGGACCAAAACUUCUUCAUGUGUGGCAAUCGAGUCUGUCAAUUUAGAACCUGGAGAUUUCAUUACUUCUAUGGAUUAUCUCAUGGAGAAAGAAGCGCUGAUCGUGGGAACUUCUAGUGGAUUACUAUUACUGUAUACCGUUGAUGAUAAUGCAACAGAAACUGUUGGUAGAGUGGAAGGUGGUGUUAAGUGCAUUUCACCUAGUCCAGAUGGUGAUCUGCUUGGUGUAAUUACUGGUUUUGGUCAGAUACUGGUAAUGACUCAUGAUUGGGAUUUGUUAUAUGAGAUGGCUCUUGAGGAUCUUCCUGAAGAUGUUGACGUACGUGAACCAGCUUCUUCCAAUUAUUCAUCUGAGUAUUCCAUUUCUUGGCGAGGUGAUGGGAAAUACUUUGUGACCUUAAGUGGGGUGCAUGAUUCUGUUUCCCUGCUCAAGAAGCUUAAAAUUUGGGAAAGGGAUUCAGGGGCGCUUCAUGCUGUUUCAGAACCAAAAGCUCUCAUGGGAGCAGUUUUGGAAUGGAUGCCCAGUGGAGCAAAAAUUGCAGCUGUUUAUGACCAAAAGGCUGAAAAUAUAUGUCCAUCAAUAGUUUUCUUUGAGAGAAAUGGGUUGGAAAGAAGCUCAUUUAGUGUCAAUGAGGGAACGGAGGCAACCAUUGAGCUUCUAAGGUGGAACUGUAAUUCAGAUCUUCUUGCAACUUUGGUCAGAUGUGAAAGAUAUGACUCCCUAAAGAUCUGGUUCUUCAGCAACAAUCAUUGGUACUUGAAACAAGAAAUUAAAUACUUGAGGCAGGAUGAAGUUAGAUUCAUGUGGGAUCCAACAAAGCCACUGCAAUUAAUUUGCUGGACUCUUGGUGGCCAGAUCACAAUCUACAACUUUAUCUGGAUUUCAGCUGUCACUGAGAACUCAAUUGCACUAGUCAUUGAUGACUCCAAAAUACUAGUAACCCCCCUUUCCCUGUCCCUAAUCCCACCACCUAUGUAUUUAUUCAAGAUAAAAUUUCCCAGUGCUAUUCGGGAUAUGGCUUUCUGUUCCAGGAGUUCUAAGAACCGUUUGGUUGCAUCUUUGUCAGAUGGCUGUUUGUGUGUUGUAGAGCUUCCUGCACUUGAAACUUGGGAAGACCUAGAAGGCAAAGAAUUCAUUGUUGAGGCUUCAUAUUCUGAAACAACACUUGGAUCCUUUGUACAUCUUAUAUGGUUGGAUUCAAAUGUGCUUCUCAGCAUUUCUGGUUCGAGUCAUAGUGGCUGCUCUCUGGAAACCUCAUCCAGUAAGGAUGGGCCCCCUGGAUAUUACUUGCAGGAAAUUGACCUAGUGUGUUCUGAGGAUCGCAUCCUUGGUUCAGUGACCAGCUCAGGCUGGCAAGCAACAAUUUCCAAUCAGACCUCUCUAGAAGGGCUGGUAAUUGGUAUUGUUCCUAACCCUGCUAAAAGAUGUUCAGCGUUUAUUCAGUUUGAUGGUGGAAAAGUUUUUGAGUAUACGUCGAAGUUAGGCAUCAUGGGGGGACCUCCUGAGCCUGAUCUCCAAAUAUGUGAUGAUAUGGGAUUCUCAUCCUCUUGCCCAUGGAUGAGUGCUGUUCCUGUUAGAGACUGUGGGCUGUCAAAGCCUUUGCUUUUUGGGCUCGAUGACAGUAGAAGGCUGCAUGUUAGCGAAAGGAUAUUAUGCAACAACUGCAGCAGUUUCAUAUUUUACUCAAAUUCUGCCGACGUAGUGAUUACACAUUUGAUUCUUACAACUAAACAGGAUUUGCUUUUUGUUGUUGAUAUUGGUGAUAUUUUGCAUGGACAAGUACAGUAUCAAUACCAGAACUUCAUGCCUGUUAUCAAGAAGAGGAAAGAAGAAGAAACAAUUAAAUACAUUGAUAUAUGGGAAAGGGGUGCCAAAGUUGUAGGGGUCCUCCAUGGAGACGAAGCAGCUACUAUUCUACAAACAACUCGUGGAAAUCUAGAAUGCAUCUAUCCAAGGAAGUUGGUCCUGACCGCAAUUAUUAAUGCUUUGGUUCAAGGGCGUUUCAAAGAUGCACUGCUCAUGGUAAGACGGCACAGGAUAGAUUUCAAUGUUAUUGUUGACCAUUGUGGUUGGCAAGCCUUUCUUCAAUCAGCUACAGAGUUUGUCAAAGAAGUAAACAAUCUGAAUUACAUAACUGAGUUUGUUUGUUCCAUAAAGAAUGAAAAUAUCAUGGAGACUCUGUACAAAAACUAUACUUAUUUAACCUCCCCAAGGGACGCCAAAGUUGUUGAAGCCAAAGAUUUCAAGAGUUCUAAUCCUAAUAGCAAAGUCUGUUCUGUGCUGCUGGCCAUAAAGAAAGCUCUCGAGGAGCAAGUAGUAGAAAGUCCUGCAAGAGAGCUUUGCAUUUUGACCACACUAGCUCGAAGUGACCCCCCAGCUCUUGAAGAAGCUUUGGAGAGAAUUAAAGUUAUUCGGGAAAUGGAACUGUUAGAAUCGGAUGACCCAAGAAGAAAAUCUUACCCUUCUGCUGAGGAAGCUUUGAAGCAUCUCUUGUGGUUAUCUGAUUCCGAGGCCGUUUAUGAUGCUGCUCUAGGUCUUUAUGAUUUGAACCUUGCAGCUAUUGUGGCAUUGAACUCACAACGGGACCCAAAGGAAUUUCUUCCGUUUCUGCAGGAACUUGAACGUAUGCCAACAUUAUUGAUGCAAUAUAAUAUUGACCUUAAACUGCAAAGGUAUGAGAAUGCACUCAAACACAUUGUUUUGGCUGGAGAUGCUUAUCAUGCAGAUUGGAUGAACCUCAUGAAGAAUAACCCUGAACUAUUUCCCCUGGGACUUCAACUGAUCACAGAUCCUGCUAAGAAGAGGCAAGUCCUUGAGGCGUGGGGAGAUCAUCUUAGCAACAUAAAAUGCUUUGAGGAUGCUGCUACAACUUACAUAUGUUGUUCUAGUUUGGAAAAAGCUUUGAAGGCUUAUCGUGCCUGUGGUAAUUGGAGAGAGGUGCUGACAGUUGCUGGUCUCAUUAAACUGGGAAAAGAUGAGAUUUUGCAACUGGCACAUGAGCUCUGUGAAGAACUACAAGCCAUUGGUAAACCAGGGGAAGCUGCCAAAAUUGCCUUGGAGUACUGCAGAGAUGUUAAUAAUGGGAUCAAUCUAUUGGUGAGUGCAAGAGAUUGGGAAGAGGCUCUGAGGAUUGCUUUUUUGCACAGGAGAGAUGAUUUAAUCUCAGAAGUGAAGAAUGCAUCUAUUGAAUGUGCUGGCACAUUGAUUGGUGAAUAUGAGGAAGGGUUGGAGAAAGUAGGCAAGUACUUGGCCCGCUACCUAGCAGUUCGACAGCGAAGAUUAUUACUUGCUGCAAAGCUCCAGUCAGAUGAGAGGAUAAAUGAACUUGAUGAUGACACUGCUUCAGAAACUAGCAGUAGUUUCAGCGGAAUGAGUGCUUACACCACAGGGACAAGAAAGGGUUCUGCUGCUUCAAUCAGCUCAUGUACCUCUAGUAAAGCAAGAAACACAAAGCGUCAGCGAAAUAAAGGGAAAAUCCGUGCUGGCAGCCCGGACGAGGAGAUGGCUUUGGUAGAGCAUUUGAAAGGGAUGUCUCUGACUGCUGGAGCAAAGCAUGAGCUUAAAUUAUUGUUGGUUUCCCUUGUAAUGCUCGGCAAUGAAGAUAUUGCAAGGAAGUUGCAACGUAUUGGAGAAAACUUUCAAUUGUGUCAAACAGCAGCAGUAAAACUAGCUGAAGAUGCUAUGGGCAGUGACAGCAUAGAUGAGCAUGCACAUUCUUUGGAGCAUUACGGUCAAAAGAUGAGAAAAGAACUGCUGCAUUCAGAGGCUUUCUCUUGGCGACUUAAAGUAUUGCUUUCAUUUUAAACAGGCUGAGAUCUGAACCUGAUAUGCGCGCCGAUUGUUCCAAACACUGCUGAUACUAAUGAAAGAUUGGAGGUAGCACGAGGGCAAAAUUUGAGGUUGUACUGGAACUUCUAGUAGAUUUUUAACCUUUCUUGUUUCUGUUUACUGUUUUUGUGGUUGAACAACAUAUUUGCUUAGCAGUACUCAUAUUAGAAUUUUGGUUUAAUUUCAUAUUUAUUUUAUUUUAACAUGAUAAUUCAUUGUCUGGAUAUAUAUGAUUUGGCAUGUUAUUUCUAUAAUAGUGAUUUUAAUUUGCGAACUUGACUUGAGAAAAUACUUCACGACACUGGCGUCAGUCAUCUCAUAUCCUUUCAUAAUUUGCAUUUUUCAACUCUUCCCCCAUUUUUUGCAUCUGUAAUGGAUGGAAACAAAAAAAAGAAAAAAAAAAAAAAGAAAAAAAAAAGAAGAAGAAAUUUGAGUAGUAUUCUGAUAUCAAGCUAAUUAGUAAAGAUUUUUGAUAUUGUAAGUUUGUGGGUAUGAAAGUUUUCAUUGAUGCAGACUGAUAUCAACUGGGUCAUUCCUUUGUCAAUUUCUGCGUAAAUGAUACCGGAACCAAGCAAAGCCCUCUGCUGCGUAGGUCAAGUUGUGUCUCUCCUGUUUCCUGUGAACAAAUCCAGUUUAUAGAAAAUGAUGAGAAGAAGAAACCUCAUAGUUGUAUAUGCAGAAUCAAGCAAAUGAGCAUCUUGAAUUCUACCUGUGAAUACGGAGACUUUGUGCCGAUAUACGUCUGAAUUAAAUUCUGUUAAUAACCCAUAAAUGAAGAACAAUCUUUAGUGAAUUAUUGAUGCUUUGUAUUUUAAUCCAAGAAGUAAACUUUCACAGCAGAGGAACUUUGAUUUCAGUUUUUUUGGGGCUUUUUAUUUUUUAUUUUUAUGACAAUUUAUUACUAAUAACAUGUAUGGGAAGGUGAUGUGAAGCUGUGUACCUGAAUUUGAUCCUGAAGUAUCUUGAUAGAAAUGGAAGCCUCUUGAAGUA